GUUCUUGGUGGUUUUGUUUCAGGUCUGCGCUCGAACUCCUUUGGUGACUCAUCCUGCCUGCAGGUAACCAGGCUGCUCGUCCAGUGCGGGGGUGCACGUUGCAGGGGCUGAGAUGGACCUUGUUCUCGGGGUUGCGGACUACCACUUUUUUACGCCGUACGUCUACCCAGCCUCCUGGCCAGAGGACAGCAUCCUCCGGCAGACCAUCAGUCUCCUGAUUGUAACAAAUCUUGGCGCUUAUGCGCUCUACUUUUUCUUUGCCACACUGAGCUACUAUUUUGUGUUUGAUCACUCAUUAAUGAAACAUCCGCAGUUUUUAAAGAAUCAGGUGUCGCGGGAGAUUAAGUACACCAUGUGGGCCCUGCCCUGGAUGAGCCUCCCCACGGUCUCCCUGUUCCUGCUGGAGAUCAGAGGGUUCAGCAAGCUCUAUGACCACCUGGGGGAGCCCCCGCACGGCUGGGUGGAGCUGGCUGGUAGCGUGGUAUCCUUCCUCUUCUUCACGGACAUGCUGAUCUACUUCAUCCACCGCGGCCUGCACCAUAGACUGCUGUACAAGAACAUACACAAACCUCACCACAUUUGGAAGGUGCCCACUCCGUUUGCAAGCCACGCCUUCCACCCUGUGGAUGGCUUUGUCCAGAGCCUGCCUUACCACAUCUAUCCCUUCGUCUUCCCGCUGCACAAGGUGGUUUACCUGACUCUGUACGUCCUGGUCAAUAUCUGGACAAUCUCCAUUCACGAUGGGGAUUUUCGUGUGCCCCGGGCCUUGAAGCCAUUCAUUAACGGCUCGGCGCAUCACACCGACCACCACCUGUUCUUUGACUAUAACUAUGGACAGUACUUCACCCUGUGGGAUAGGAUCGGGGGCUCGUUCAAAAAUCCAUCUGCUUUCGAGGGGUCGGGACCGCUCAAUUAUGUGAAGAAGAUGGCAGAAGAGAAGUGCAACGGCUCCGUGGAGAGCAACUGUGAGCGUGACGGCGGGCGCCAGGGAGCGUCUUCCAAGGCUGACUAGACUAUGGCCGGGUUUUCAUAAAGAUCUUUAACAAGGGAAAGUAAUCUGCACACAGCCCCGUAAAAUCAGCAUUAAAAAUCAGCCUGGUGUGUACUGCUGGUGAAGCGGCCGCAUGGAAGAUGCCAUG